AUGGCGACUACCGACAAGGAUGAACGAUGGCUGUUUGGCAAAGCUGCAAUUUACAAUGCCCCAAGUACACAAGACCCAGAGCCAAUGGAUCAUAAACGAGAAUUACACUUUCGCCAGAUAACCGCGAAUUUUAUUCAAGAAAUGGGCCAGAAGCUUCAGGUUACUCAACUUUGUAUCAACACAGCAAUUGUGUACAUGCAUCGAUUUUACAUGUUCCAACGCUUUCAAAGGUUUAAUAAGAAUCAUAUAGGUGCUGGUUGUUUGUACCUGGCUGCCAAAAUCGAAGAACAGCCCCGUAAACUGGAGCAUGUAACAAAAGUGGCCUAUAUGUUGCAACAUAGAGAUGGGACUCUAGACACCAAGGGAGAAACAUAUUUAAUGUUGAGCACUGAACUAAUUAAAAAUGAAAAUAUUCUGCUGCCAACUCUAGGAUUUGAUUUGAUGGUUGAUCAUCCACAUACUCAUGUGGUUAAAACCUGUCAAAUGAUAAAAGCCAGCAAAGAUCUUGCACAGACCUCCUAUUUUCUGGCAACUAACAGCUUGCACUUGACUACAAUGUGCUUAAAAUAUCGACCAACUGUUGUUGCUUGUGUCUGUAUUCAUUUGGCCAGUAAAUGGGGCAACUGGGAGCUCCAAUCGUCUGCUGAAGGAAAGCCAUGGUAUUCAUAUGUGGAUAAAUUUGUAACUCCCGAGCUUCUAGAAGAACUCACAAUCGAAUUCUUGGAGGUUCUUGAUGGCUGCCCAACACGAUUAAAGAAAAGGAUUAUGACAUGGAGGUCUGGGCGUGAUAAGGAUGAAGACAAAGAUAAAGAAGGCCCUCCUGAAAAGAAGGCUCGAUCUGAUGUACGGCCUCCCUCCAGCUCUACUCCUGCCACGUCCAGUCCUGCUCUUGCUGCAAAAGCUGACCCAUCUAAAGAGCGUGCAGGUGUCAGCAUGUCCGAUUCUGACAGAAAAGUUCGGUUUAAACUGGAAAACCCUGUGAAAGUUGUAUCCCAAUCUGAUAAAACAAACUUUCCCCCAGAUUCUGCUGCUGGUGUUUCUGGUUCACAUUCAUCAUCAGCAACGUCGGGACUUUCUUAUAGCAACCAGAAGAUUGAUCAACGCAAAAAGCUGCAUAAGAGCUCUUCAGUUCCACUAAUUUUGUCCUCCUUUUCCCUUAACCAUCCUCUAUUUUUUUUUUUCUCUCUCUCUCUCUCUCUCUCUCUCUCAUGCUUAAUCCUGUAUGUAUGA